AUGCAUCAGGGAAUUCCUGAACAGGCAGAUGUUCCACCAGUUACCCAAGUUCCUGCUCAGGCAGCAACAAACUCCCCAGCAAUCAUUCCUCUAGUGCAAGCAUCACAACCUGCUGCUGCACCUGCUAUUUUCCCUAAUGCAAAUCCACUGGAUCUCUUCUCACAGGGCCUACCAAAUGUGGGUGCAAAUGCUGGUGCUGGCGAUUUGGAUUUUCUUCGAAACAGUCAACAGUUCCAAGCAUUGCGAGCUAUGGUGCAAGCAAACCCUCAAAUUCAGCAGCCUAUGCUUCAAGAGCUAGGGAAACAAAAUCCACAUCUUGUGCAUCUCAUACAAGAGCCUCAAGCUGACUUUUUGCGCCUGAUAAAUGAACCUGUCGAGGGAGGAGAAGGGAAUGUUCUGAGCCUGAUGGCUUCAGCCAUGCCACAGGCAAUGACUGUAACUCCUGAGGAGCGGGCAGCCAUUGAACGUGUAUGUUUCUAAUCUUUGUUUAACCUCUGUGUAGUCCCUCUCUUGUUUGUCCUUUUAUCCAAGAGCCAUGAUGGCUACUCAAGAACAUUUAUUGCAUUUUUUUUAUUC